UGCAUGUCUGAGUCGCUGUUGUGUUCGGGGCGGAUGACGGAGUCGCCUUGAAACUUUUGACUGACGGAGCUGCGAUGUGGACGCGGAUGGUGCUGGGAGCAGCUGAACGCCAUCUUUAAACCCCACAGAGGCGGCAGCAGCAGCUACCGGGAUGAGAAACACACUCCCCGCAGGGCUGUGCUAGAAGUUCCCCCCCGUGGAAAUCCGCCCCACGGCUGACUGGAUGACAUGAACCCGCGGGACAGGAGACGGAUCCGGGGCGCUGCUGCAGCCCGGGCGGUGACGUUGUGACCGUAGAGGAACAACAAUAGACGGAAAGACAACAACAGCGGGGAUCAGCGCGUUAGCAUAGCAACCGCGGCGGUUGUGCUGACGCCGCAGCGGGCUCCAGCGUUUCCACACCGGCCUUGGGGGAGCACUUUCUUCACCAAACCUCCCGGUUCUGCGCGGAAUACCCGCCGCGGCUAGAGCUAAAGGCUGAAGCCCCGACUUGUCCCCUCCCCAGCGGCCCGGCCGGAGAUGCGUGGAAGAUGUCGGUGUCGGGGCUGAAGGCCGAACUGAAGUUUCUAGAGUCCAUUUUCGACCCGAAUCACGAACGGUUCCGGAUCAUAGACUGGAAGCCCGAUGAGCUGAGUUGCCAGUUUAACGUGACCGGGGACAAGCUGCUCAUAAUCCACUGUAACAUCACGGAGUCGUAUCCUUCCACGCCUCCGAUAUGGUUCGUGGACUCGGACGACCCGAGUUUGGCCCAAGUCCUGGAGCGUUUGGAAGACGUGAGGAAGGGCAGCACACUGCUACUGCAGCAGUUGAAGAAGCUCAUUUGUGACCUCUGCCGCCUCUACAACCUUCCUCAGCACCCAGAUGUGGAGAUGCUGGAUCAGCCACUGCCUGCAGGGCCCGUGGGACAGGAGAGGAAGCAAAAUGGAACGGAGGAGGUCACAUCAGAAGAGGAGGAGGAGGAAGAGAUGGGAGAGGACAUCGAGGACCUGGACCACUAUGAGAUGAAAGAAGAGGAGCCAGUCGAUGGUAAGAAGUCUGAGGAUGACGGCAUCGAGAAGGAGAACCUCGCCAUCCUGGAGAAGAUCAGGAAGAACCAAAGACAGGACCAUUUAAAUGGAGCUGUGUCGGGGUCGGUCCAGGCAUCCGACCGCCUGAUGAAGGAGCUGAGGGAAAUCUACAGGUCUCAGAGCUACAAGACGGGAAUCUACUCGGUGGAACUGGUGAACGACAGCCUCUACGAAUGGCACGUCAAGCUACGAACGGUGGACCCAGAUAGCCCUCUCCACAGCGACCUACAGGUCUUAAAGGAAAAGGAAGGAAUGGAUUACAUCUUGCUGAACUUCUCUUACAAAGACAAUUUCCCUUUCGAUCCGCCCUUCGUUCGGGUGGUGUCGCCAGUGCUGUCUGGAGGUUACGUGCUCGGAGGAGGAGCCCUUUGCAUGGAGCUUCUCACCAAACAGGGUUGGAGCAGUGCCUACUCCAUUGAGUCUGUCAUCAUGCAGAUCAAUGCCACCUUAGUGAAAGGAAAAGCCAGAGUGCUGUUCGGAGCCAAUAAAAAUCAGUACAAUCUAGCCAGAGCACAGCAGUCCUACAAAUCCCUGGUCCAGAUCCACGAAAAGAACGGAUGGUACACACCCCCUAAGGAGGACGGCUAAAACUGACCUCUCCUGUUCUGGGACCACACAUCAUAACCUCCGCCUCUUUCUUGUUCUUGGUUUAUCCCAAAAGUUUAAUUGGAUUUUCUUCGUUGGUUUUAUGGACCCAGAAGUCAUUCCUCCGAUAUUUAUCCACGUUCCCCACGACCCCACGAUCUGCCGUUGAAGUCCAUCUCUUUGGAUUCGAAGACUUUGGGCUUUGCUGACAAGCAUGCCACGGAUGAUGCUGGCUGCGGUUUGAAAGGUGUGGCAUGGCUUCAUCUCCGAGCUACGGUGCGCUUCGUCUGUGCUCGCCACAGCAACUCCUGACACUCCAAAGAUGGAGCCUGAGAUGUGUCACCUGACUAAACCAGAUCGUGGCUUUUGUUCUCUUCGCCGCCGCUGGCGAUGAGAAGAACAUCACCGUGGUCUGAGUGAAACUGUUCGCCAAAGAUGGACGUCUUUCACCACCGUCUGGACCUUUGGCCCCACUGCUGCAUCUGGGGCACGUCCAGGCAGAUCACACUGUUAUCGGGUUCCACAUGGACAUUUGUAACUCUGCAAGAGGAUUUAAAUGAUUUAUCCUGCAGCCCUGAGUGGCCCAGGCUGCGGAGUUUGCAAUCCCUUGGAUGACCAACAGGAGGUGCCACAACUUCUAAAGACAGAUUACGUAGGACUGAAUAACGUGUCUUGCGGAAGUAAAAGGAACGGUAUACCUUGUUUAUAUGUAAGCUGAAUGACUACUGCGAUAUUUGCUCUUUAUUUUUGAAGAAAAUUGCUUUGUACUCCAGUUGUUGGUGACAAUGACACUCCCUCAACAGCGUGUCCCGACUGCAAGGCUCCGUAACUUAUUCUUUUUCCAUGGCAUUCCAGUUCCCCUCACGUCUCGCCCCUUCCAACCAGAUAAACCUCAGAAAGGCUGCGAGGGCUUUCCCGCGGAAUCAUGUGUCACCUGCUUCAUCCUUUUGAAAUGGAGUGAGAAAAGAAAACGGCCUUUUUACCUCUCGAGGACUUCUUUCCUUCCACCUCAUCACAGCCACAGUUUUUUGGAAUUCUUCAGCAAUAGUCUUCACCUCUCUCUCGUCGGUCCACCAGAAGGACCCAGCUCUUCCUGUGAACCAACCGCUUGGACCACGACCUCUCCCGACAGUCACUGUAGCACCUCAGCACUGUCGAGUCUUCAGCGUAAUGUGAAUUAUAUGCAGAUGACUGUCUGGAUUAUCCUGCAAGUUUUCUCGUGGUUGUCCUCAUUUGCCUUUUUUUCUCCUGAUAACCAGCAUAAGCAACAAAGUUCUCCAUCUUCAUCCGAUUUCUGAGGAUGCUCUAGCAGAUUCCGAGAUGUGAAUAAGACCAACCCUCCUCCCUUUUUGUUGGGUUCAAUGAAUCACACAUGCAUUCCCUGGAGAACUCAGGAAUCCAUCCCGCACAAGUGUCGUCAUCAGUCACGUCUCCAGAAGCGUCUAAAAAAACACAGCUAAUUCGACGAACUGAAACCUUUACUGUUAUUUAGCAUAUCUACUGUAUAUGUCAAUGCAACUUUCGCAGCAAAACUCAAGUUUAAAGGAAGUCUUUAGUUUUGUUUCCAGGCUUCUGUUCCUCAUUACGAGGUCGAGCAGCGGGUUCCUCAGUCAGAAUGUUUUCCGUCAAUAUGCUCCAUCAAUUGACCUGGUUUCCGACAAGUGACUUCGAUCGGACCAGUUACUGUCAGCCAUCACAUGAAAUCCCUGAGUUGACGCCUCGUGUUGGAGCUCCAGCCUCUGGAAUCCCUACUUGCUUUAUUGACUGCGGUGGCCGGGUUCUGAAGUUAUGCACUGUUGGCAUGCUUUGGUUUGUUUUCAGGUUGCUCCCCCCUUUCCCCUCAAUUGCAAGGGUGAUUUUUGAACAUGUAAAGGAAUUUAUGAACUUGCAUCAAGUUUAUGAAUAAAGAAUUUUAUGACUUAUUUUUGUUGUGCCGCAAGUAACUGGGACUGUGAGGGAAGUUGAGUGCGAUUUAGGUGCUUAUGAUUGAUCGCAGCCUGAAACUGGCAUCUUGUGCGGAUAAACCAGACACACUGUUGGCGUACGAUUUCCACAACACGUUUUUUUUUUUCGUAAUACACUGUGUCGGGAAUCCGUACUUGCUCAAUCAUUCCAUUUAGC